CUCUCCGGCUGAGCGGCUCACUGUCCCUCUUAACCCGUUUGGCAUGAUUGUUUUAGCAUUCCGGCACUCAGCCCUCAAAAACGUGGGCGUGCUCAAGUAAAAACGAUACAUAAAUCCUGUCGGAAAGAUACCAAGUGCUUGAUUCAAACUGUAAGCCACGCAUACGCAAUAUUUACUGCACGGCAAGUUGAAGCUGUGUAAUCAUGGCCAAGGAUAUGUUCCUUCUGUGGGCAUCUGGCUCACCUCCAUGCUGGAGAAUCAUGAUUGCGCUUGAGGAGAAAAACCUGCAAGGCUAUCAACACAAGUUGUUGUCUUUUGACAAGGGAGAACACAAAUCCAAGGAAGUGCUCGAUAUCAACCCGAGGGGACAGCUCCCUGCGUUUCGCCAUGGGACCAAUGUGAUAAAUGAGUCUGGUGCAGCCUGCAUGUACUUGGAGAACCAGUUCAAGUCCCAUGGAAACCAACUGAUCCCCAGUGAUCAAGCAGAACAAGCUCUGGUGUACCAGCGCACGUUUGAGGCCUUCAACGCGCAUCAGAAAAUGGUCGAUGUUGUGAUGUACGCUUUUCGUGUCCCUGCGGAGGAAAAACACGAGGCAACGGAGAAGAGAAACAAGGAGGCGGCGACGACUGAGUUUCAGCUGUGGGAGGGCUACUUGCAGAAGACUGGACCCUACAUAGCUGGGAAAAACUUCUCAAUGGCUGAUGUUGUGUUUUUCCCCACCUUGGCACUUGCAUUCCGUCUGGGGAUGCGUCAGACGAAGUAUCCCAAACUUGGGGCGUACCAUGGUUUUCUGAAGGAUCGCCCCAGCAUCAAGGCCACCUGGCCCACACAUUGGCUCCAGGAACCCCCAUUGAAGGAUCCCCUGAAGGACGUGUGAGCUGCCCAGGCUCCGUGUGUUCCUCCCUUUAGAUAAAGCAGCUUUGGCAUUCUGAGACCAAGAUAGUCUAAUGAUAAGAUGUAGUGCUGGAAUGAACACUAGAGGGCAGUGAAGUCACCCGGAUUAUGCCUCGUCUAUGAUUUGUAAUGCUCUUUGAUAAGGAAGUGAUCAAGUCAUGACUUAAAGUGUUAACGAAUGGUAAAUCAACACACAAACAAGACAGUGAUUUUGAAAAUCACAGCAUAAAGUACUACAAAUCUAUUGUUCUUUAGAUUUGAUUAUUGAUUUGUAUUUUAGUAUCUUGUCAAAAUGUGUAUUUUAUCACUACUGAAGGAUUGAUUGCACAUAUGACCUAGGUGCCACUUUGUGUUUUUGACAGACGUCACUGAACCGGAAGUAUUUUAAUCCAUAUAAAAUCUCUGCAACUUAA